AUGUCUCUGGCCAGAGUACAACUGAGCUGUGUCUCUGUCUCCAUCCAGAGUGCGACUCAGCUGUGGCUCUGUCUUUGGCCAGAGUGUGACCCAGCUGUGUCUUUGUCUUUAUCCAGAGUGCAACUGAGCUAUGUCUCUGGCCAGAGUACAACUGAGCUGUGUCUCUGUCUCCAUCCAGAGUGUGACUCAGCUGUGGCUCUGUCUUUGGCCAGAAGUGUGACUCUGUCUUUGGCUCUGUCUUUGGCCAUCCAGAGUGCAACUGAGCCCAGCUGUGUCUUUCCAUCCAGUCUUUGUCUUUCCAGAGUGCAACUGAGUCUUUAUCCAGAGUCUCUGGCUAUGUCUCUGGCCAGAGUACAACUGAGCUGUGUCUCUGUCUCCAUCCAGAGUGUGACUCAGCUGUGGCUCUGUCUUUGGCCAGAGUGUGACCCAGCUGUGUCUUUGUCUUUAUCCAGAGUGCAACUGAGCUAUGUCUCUGGCCAGAGUACAACUGAGCUGUGUCUCUGUCUCCAUCCAGAGUGCGACUCAGCUGUGGCUCUGUCUUUGGCCAGAGUGCAACUGAGCUGCGUCCCAACUGCUGUGUCUUUGUCUUUAUCCCAGAGUGCAACUGAGCUAUGUCUCUGUGGUACAACAGAGCUGUGUCUCUGUCUCCAUCCAGAGUGCCAGCUGUGUCUGACUCAGCUGUGGCUCUGUCUUUGGCCAGGAGUCUCUGUCUCCCAGCUGUGUCUUUUUGUCCAGAGUGCAACUGAGCUAUGUCUCUGGCCAGAGUACAACAGGCUGUGUCUCUGUCUCCAUCCAGAGUGUGACUCAGCUGUGGCUCUGUCUUUGGCCAGAAGUGCAACUGAGCUGUGUCUCUGUCUCCAUCCAGAGUACAACUGUGGCUCUGUCUUUGGCUGUGUGACUCUGUCUCCAUCCAGAGUGUCUCUGACAACUGAGCUGUGGCUCUGUCUUUGA